CGCGUCACACUCAAGCGUCGGCAGCUCCAUUUUCCAGCUGGUGAAAAACUUUGGUGGUUUCACCUUCAGUCGCUAACGGUCAGUUUUGGCCAUUUCCAUUUCUCUUUGGGACUGAAAAGAAACGUUUUUCAAGAUGGGAGGCGGCGAUCUGAACUUGAAAAAGAGCUGGCACCCCCAGACUAUGAAAAACAUUGAGCGUGUCUGGAAAGCUGAGCAGAAACAUGAGGCUGAACGUAAAAAGAUCGAGGAGCUCCAGAAGCAGCUGAAGGAGGAACGAGCCCGAGAGGAAAUGACAAAAUAUGCGGAGGAAACCGGCGUCUUAAAAAAAAAAGAUGAUCGGUUGGACUGGAUGUACCAGGGCCCUGCCGGUCAGGUGUCCAGGGAUGAGUACCUGCUUGGGCGCCCCAUUGACAAGCAGAUCACUGACCAGUAUGAGGAGCCAGAGAGCGGUCCCUCAGCUGAGACAGGCCUCCUGCCUGGGUCCAUAUUUAACCCCGCCACCCCUGCUUCCAGCCUCGAUUUGGCUGCCAAGAUCAGGGAAGACCCCCUGUUUGAAAUCAGGAAACGUGAGGAAGCAAAGAAGAGAGAAGUCCUGACUAAUCCAGUAAAGAUGAAGAAAAUUAAAGAAAUGCUUCGCCAAAACCUUGACAAGAAAGACAAGAAAAAGAAGAGGAAGAAUGUGUUGCUGAUCUUUGGUCUUUUCCCUCAGCUCCCAACAGACAGAUAUCAACAGACCUCGACCUCCUCCGGUCACUCAGGGCGGCGUGAGAGGAGCCGGUCCCGAUCACCUCACAGGAAUUACAAGGACAGCCGCUCCUACUCUUCAUCCUCCUCACAUCGGAGUGAAAAGAAGCAGGAACCCAGAGCUCCCAGCCCACAGAAGGACCGCUACCAGAGACAGAGGAACCACGUGCCCAAGAAGCUCUCUGCAGAGGAGAUGGAGCGAAAGAGGCGUGAGAUGAUGGACCAAGCCAAGCAGCGGGAGGAGGACAGGGAGAAUAAUGUGAAGCGCUAUAAGAGGCAGGACGAGCAGGAGAAGCAGAGGGAACAAAACGCCAAGCAUGACCGCCACGCUGGCUUCAUCCACAACAUGAAGCUGGAGAGUGCCGCGAGCUCGUCCUUAGAGGACAGAGUGAAGAGAAAUAUCCACUCCAUUCAGAGGACGCCAGCCUCCCUGGAAAACUUCAUGAAACGAUAAAGACAAAAAUUCACAUUACAGUCAAUGAACUGACUAAAAAGACUGCCACACACCACUUUUUCUAUUUUUUUUUUUUUUUAAGUUGACUGGGGCAGGUGAGCUGCGAGCCUGUCAGGAAUUCAAACACAGGCUUUUAAUUUGAAAAGCAGAUGUCACAGUAUUCAUAUGUACAGUACAAAAGGCCUGUUGUUACUUCAUGUGUUUUAGCUACUUUCUUCAAAUCAAAUAACUGUUUAUAAGGUUAAAGUAAGUUUGUGCAAUUUACUGUUUUUGUUUUUACAUAUUGAUAGGACCUCUUAUCUCAAAUGCUUUCGUAAUAUUCGUUUGGUACUGUGAGUAACACAUGGUAUAAAAACUACAUUUCUGGA